UCUAUUGUUAAUUCGAAUCUGUCAGAAAACAAUCAACUGGCCCCCGAUAAAAGGGCUAAUAUGCUUGUCAAACGCUCCAUUCGCCCCUAAAUUGAGCGUACAGUACAGACUACCAGGAACACCAACAUGGAACUCCAUUUGGCAGUGCACGACGAUCGCCACAUCAAGCGGCCGCUCAAUUCGUUCAUGGUGUGGGCCAAAGGGAGAAGACGGGAAAUGAACCGAGACAACCCCAAAAUGCGCAACGCAGAAAUCAGCAAAAUCCUGGGCGAGGAGUGGCGGCAGUUAUCUGACGAGGUGAAAAAGCCUUUCGUUGAAGAGGCCAUUCGCCUUCGACGCCAGCACAAGAUCGACCACCCAAACUACAGAUACAGGCCACGACGAAAGAACCGCAUGGAAGGCAACGGCGAGAUCGUGCAAGGUGACGGAUUCCGUCAACCGUUCGCUCUGUACCCGAACUCUGGCGCGCCGCCGUCCGCCGGUUUCCUGGCCCAUUCCUUGCCACAGGAUUACAAAUCGGCAAUGUUUCCACCGAGGUAUUCCCAUCACGAGAAGCACGGUUACGCAAGCGAGCACGUUUCCAAGACCAGCAACGUUUCCACCAGUUACCUGUCGCCUUUUUCAGUUCGGCCAUCAGAGGUCCCGUCUUGGAAUGGCUACCUGUCCCCCGCCACAUCACCAUAUUACUUCGAAACACCUCGCUUCACCAUACCUUGCGAAAGUCCUGUUCGAGCAAUCCACCCAGGGAGCAUUCCUCAAGUUAAAGAGAAGUUGCCCAGCCCUGGAAGCCCAAGCAUGGCCAGGAACCAUACUAGCUGGCCGUAUUUUGCCCUGAAGGCUGAACUACAAUACACCUAAACACACUUUUCUCUUUUGUUCAACGCAAACACGAGGAGUUUUCUUAAGUGACUCUAACGCCAUCAAGGACA